GGCCCUCGCCGUCGUACAUCCUCAUCCAGCCAACAUGAACGCCGUGUUCACCGUGGUGAUCCUGACCGUGAUGGCCGCCGUCAGUGCCGCUACAGCGCCCACCACAGCCAACCCCUGCCACUUGAAGCAGAAUGAGCAGCUUAAUGCCGUAGGCAACAUCGGAGUGUAUGGUGUGAAUUUUGGCACCAGGAGUGUCAGCCCCAGAGCCAUCCCCUCUCAGCCACAGAAGAAAGGAAAGCCUGUGGCCAUUGGCAACAUCGGAGUGAAUGGUGUGAAUUUCGGCGCCAAUAGCUUCAGGCCCAUUGUGAAUGUAAACAACACCAGCUACCCUCUGCGUGGCACCUACCAUUCUGGAUAUGUUAGCCCCAGAACCAUCCCCUCUCAGCCACAGAAGAAAGGAAAGCCUGUGGCCAUUGGCAACAUCGGAGUGAAUGGUGUGCAUUUUGGCGCCAAUAGCUUCAGGCCCAUUGUGAAUGUAAACAACACCAGCUACCCUCUGAGUGGCACCUACCAUUCUGGAUAUGUCAGUCCCAGAACCAUCCCCUCUCAGCCACAGAAGAAAGGAAAGCCUGUGGCCAUAGGCAACAUCGGAGUGUAUGGUGUGAAUUUCGGCGCCAAUAGCUUCAGGCCCAAUGUGAAUGUAAACAACACCAGCUACCCUCUGCGUGGCACUUACCAUUCUGGAUAUGUACCCAGUGCUGGAUCUCCUUCUUUCUAGAAACCGAUCUUCACAUAAUCCCCUGCAGGCAACUCCAACAUCUUCAUGGGGGCUGUCGACUCUCUGCAGGUGAUGCCUUCAAUAUCUGUACUACUGAGCUCCCAGAUGAUCCACCAAAUGAACAGUUUUGUAAUGUCUUCUUCAGUUAUCUGUCUUAAGGGAUGCCCAGUCUGUGUUAAUAAAUUCGGAUCAGUGGCA